CUUAUCUCUCGUUUAUGCCAAGUGAUCAGGAUUUGUUGGUUAUGAUUUGUAUGGAUUUAUUUCUUCUUCUAUUUAUUAUUUUUGUAACUCGUAUCUUUGAAUAAUAAUAAUAUACUGCAAUCAACUACGGUUUCUCGAAACAUAAGUAUAAAUAUACACUAUGUGAAACGGGGCACCGCAACGAAAUACCCUGGCCGCACACUUUAACACGGCUCUUUUCUAUUACGUUUUUCCAACCAUCAUAUUCACGAUUUUUUAUAUAUGUAUCUGAAUAGACAAAAUAAUUGGUAGUAUGAAGAGAAGGAAUGGCGAUUGCGGAAAAUCUCGAAAGGCCUUGAAAAGAAACAAAUCCGCCACCGAAGGAAUCUACUGGAGUUCCGUUCAUUAUCUGAAGCUGUUCGGUAUUUGGCUUGUUCUCAUACUACUCGAUUAUUUAUUACAUUUUCGAUUCGAGUACGUCUGGCCAUUUUGGCUUUUAUUUCACAAAAUCGUUGAAGGGAUCAAACAUCAAGGAUUUGUUUAUACAGUGUUUUUUGUUUGUAUUGCACUAACAUCGGACAUGGUGUGUUUUUUCUUCAUACCUGUACAUUGGUUACUGUUCGUUGCUAGUACAUAUUUUUGGGUGCAAUAUAUUUACCAAGCUGAAAAAUGUGUUUCUUGGCCAGUGGUAACCUUAUUAGUCUUGUACAUCUAUGUGGAGGCUUAUAUUCGACUGAAUAACCCUGACCAUAUUCCCUAUAAAUUGAUUUUAUGUAAGCCUUUAGCUGCUAACUGUAUUGGGUAUCCCGUUGUUACGCUAUGUUUUGGUUUCAAAAGUUAUUUAAGUCUCAAAUUGAGACAGAAACAACAACAAAGGGUUUCAAAGGAAAAUGAGUUUUAUCAGAACUUGUUAUUAGAUGCUUUACCAUUUGAUAGAACUACCGGCUCCAUUAUAACUAGUCAAGACAAUGAUGAUGGAGAAAUAUGGUUGGAAUCAAUUUGUGAAGUGCCUUCUGAUGAAAACAACGAAAUACCUAAUAAUAAAGUUGUAUCAAAUGGUAGUGUUCCACAUAAAAAACCUGAAAAACAGGAAACAAUAUGUACUGAAAUACCAAAUAAAAAAUUAGUAACUGAUGAUAAAUUAAUAUGUAAUAGUAAUCAAGAAAAUCAUGUAAGUAAAGAAACAGAAAAAAAUAAAAGGGUGACUCGAGUGUCAUCAGCUAAAAAUAAUAAUCAUCCUAAGUGUAAUAAUCAAAACUCGAGCACAAAAGAAUCUUCUAAGGCUAAAGGCAUUUCACCGCCUAGACUAACCAAGCCUUUAAUUGUCGAUCCAAAAGACAUAUAUUGUGAAACAUUGGAAAAUGAAUUGAAAAGGCUUAAAUGUGAAUUUCAUUCAUCUAGUUUAGCAGAAAAAGAACUAAGAAAUCAGCUUAACAUAGCUUUGGGUGAUUAUUCCAAUAUUUCACAUGACUUAACAAGGUUGAAACAAGAACAUGAAGAUACUAAGUCUAAAGUUUUCAAUUUGCUUAUAACUCAUCAAAAUGAUAGACAGCUGGUUUCUCAACUUGAAAAACGUUUAUCAGAUGAAAAACGUCAAAGGCUUUCUUGUGAGUCACAGUUAGUCUCAGAAAGACGACAAUUAAAAAAAGUUGAAGAUCUCGCUGCUUCUAGACUAGCAGCUUUAACUAUUAAACCAGAAUGUACAGAAAGCUGCAAAGUAAAACGAAGAGAGUUAGAAAACGAAGCCAAAUCACUACGUAAAGAACUUAGGAUAAAAGAUGAUCAAUAUAUAGCGGCUCAAAAAGAAAUCAAUGAGCUUCAACCAUACAAACAAAGUCAAGAUAAAAUUGAUUUUGUAAUGUCUGCGUUGUCAACGUUGAAAGACAAAAACGCUCAUUUGGAACAUAGUUUGAGUGCAGAAACACGUAUUAAACUUGACUUGUUCUCGGCGUUGGGAGAAGCUAAAAGACAACUAGAAAUUAAAAUUAAUAAAAUUUCAUCUCAAGAAAAAGAGAUUGAAGAACUUAAGUCUAAAAUGGCUCAGACAAUGAUAAUGAUGCCACCAAACAACACAUACCACAUGGUAAACUCUGUUGGAGGGUCACCAACAAUGAGGUUUGGUGGUAGUAAUUCACCACAGUCUAGCCUUGACCCAAACGCCACUAUAUAUACACCUAAAAAAAGUUCACAUUUAGUCACUGAAGCUUGAUUUUCUUUUAAAAUUUGUAUACAGAAUUGCUGUGUUCUUCAAAACUGACAACAACAUUUUCUCUUUCUCAACAGAUUCUAUCCUACAUUAGACAUAUUAUAAAAAACUUUGUAAUAAAUUAAAAAUUUGAUUCUUUAAUA